UUUUUGUUUUGUAGGCCGACGGGAGUGGGGACGUGCCUAGUUAUGCAAUUGCCUGCGCGCUGCGUAUGAAAUCAACCACUCUCUUGAACUAAAUCUGUUUGGCCUUUUUUAGCUACGUACAUGUGGUCUCCGAUCCGCCCGCCCGCCGCGCCGCCGCGCCCCGGUAGCUAGAGCUAGCUCGGCCUCCGCGGUCUUUCUUGCACAAAUUUAUAUGCAGCAACGGUUCAUUUUGUAUGCAUAUAUCCACGAAGAAAAAAAAAUGGCCACACAUCUUGUCAGUGGACGUGUGAAUUUAGCCUUUUGGAGAGAAGUUGCCAGAAGAGAACUCUUAGAUUGUUUGGACAAAUGCAUAGGGAGUAAGGCAGUGGUCUGGGAUGAUUUUCUUACGGGACCUAUUGGGCUCAUCGCUGAAUAUUCCUUGUUAAAGGAACAUGAAGUUGACCGUAUGUUCCCCCUUCGACAUGGUCAUCUGCCUUUGAAGAGUUCGUCCAGUGGUGCAGGUGGUACUAUCCAGAAUGUUAUAUUCAUUGUGCGCCCUCGAUUGGACCUGAUGACAAUUGUUGCAGACAAUAUCCGCAAGGCGGAGGAAACCCCUGGACGCUUCCGCAAAGAGUUCCACAUUUUCUUUGUGCCAAGGAAGAGUCUUCUCUGUGAGAGAAAGUUGACGGAGCUUGGGGUUUAUGGAACACUGACUACAGUAGGAGAAUAUAAUCUGGAUCUUUUACCUUUUGAUAGUGAUAUAUUAUCUAUGGAGUCCGAUUCUGCCUUCAAGGACUGUUAUCUCCAAGGUGAUCCUACUUCCAUGUUCCAUGUUGCCAAGUCAUUGAUGAAAAUACAAGCUCUCUAUGGCAUCAUUCCACAUAUAUAUGGAAAAGGAGAGUGUUCUCGGCAAGUGACAGAUAUGGUGAUGAGAAUGAGACGAGAGAUGGCAGGUACAGAAAGACUCAUUGCACCGCAGAUUGAUUGUUUGCUUCUCAUCGAUCGUAAUGUUGACCUCUUAACCCCACUCAUGACACAGCUCACUUAUGAAGGGCUCAUCGAUGAAAUUUAUGGCAUCACAAAUGCAACUGUCAAACUACCACCAGAGAAAUUUGCCAAGAAAGAUGAUGAUCCCAAGCAAGGUCAACAACAACAACAACAACAGCAGGAUCUACCAUCAGAGCCUAAGAAGGUCCAACUUAACUCUGCUGAUGAGCUCUUUUCUGUUAUCAGGGAUCGGAACUUCCAUGCUGUAGGACCAGAACUCAGCCGUAGGGCCAAGAUCCUUUCAGCUCAAUAUGAGGAACGUAAAGAUGCUAAAUCAGUGUCAGCAAUCAGACAAUUUGUCUCUAAGCUUCAUCACAUACAGGCUGCAAAGAUGUCUCUAGCCACACAUACAUCGAUUGCAGAACUGAUCAAAGAAAGAACAGAUAAAGAAAGUUUCAUGGAUUCACUACAGACACAACAAGAAUUCAUGAAUGGCAUUGACACAGAUAAGGCCAAUGGAUAUAUAGAAGACUGCAUUGCAAGGAAAGAACCAUUGGUCAAGGUUCUAAGACUUCUAUGUAUGCAGUCAGUCACAAACAAUGGAUUAAAACCAAAGAUAUUUGAUUACUACAGAAGAGAAAUAUUACAGACAUACGGGUAUGAGAAUAAUCUGUCUCUGCAGCAGCUAGAGAGGGCAGGCUUGCUUCGAAUCCAGGAACAGAAAACUUAUCCUACCAUUAGAAAGACACUGAAGCUAGUUAUGGAAGAUGUGAAUGAACAGAACCCGACAGAUAUAUCCUAUGUAUUCAGUGGAUAUGCCCCUCUGUCCGUAAGGCUGGCCCAGUUCUUGGCAAGACCUGGAUGGCGUAGUAUAGACGAGGUCUUGAGACUUCUCCCUGGUCCAACAAUAGAAGAGACGCAAGUACUACCCACAGGUCUCCAGAAGAAAAGGCCUAUGAUAGGAGAUAGCCAAGGUGAUUCAACAAAGGUAACACUAAUCUACUUCCUUGGAGGGGUCACCUACGCAGAGAUUGCUGCUCUUAGGUUCCUUUCACAGCAAGAAGAUGCUCCGACUGAGUUUGUAAUUGCUACAACAAAGAUCAUCAAUGGUCAUAACUGGCUACAGAGCAUGUUGGAAGUUACUCCGUCAUCUCAAGAUACCACCCCACAGAGAUGAGAAGGGAUAGAGUACUAGUUUAUGGUUUGCUACUAGAGUUCUUUUUGUAUUUACUGUUUAUAUCAUGUUGACGGAAAGAUGCUGGACCUAUUUUAUAGGCAAUUAUAUCAAGGUUAAACUGAGCUAUAAUUGCGCUGGACGAUAUUGCAUGUUUAGACUUUCAACUAUACGCAACUGUAAUAUGUAAUCCCCAUUAAAUAUUUGUCAAGCAGUUGCACAUAAUGUGGCUGCUCCAUGGGUCUGUUCUUGUCUUUCAAACAGAGGGUUGAGAGUUUGAAUCCCAGCCGUUUUCCCUUUAGCAAGAAAGCUAUCCACAUUAUGCUGCACUCAUCCCAGAUGAGGUGAACUGGUACCUGGCAGGAUUAAUUCCUUGAAUGCAUUGAGUGCUGGAAGUGGCAGGUUAAGCUAAAGCCAGGGUAUCUGGCAGGAAUCAAUUAAGUCGUUUGUGGGCCAAAAAAGGUUGCCAGGCUAAGGGCCUUGGUAAUAAUAUCCAAAAUCCUUUGCAAGUACAUAGAGACAUUAUACAAAUAGCGAAUAGGCAUGAGUGCGAUGGUGCGAGAUUUCGCAUGAGGUGAAAGAAAGAUGCUCUAUUCAACGAGGCGUUAGCCAUCUUGAAUAGAGCGUCUCUUUCACCGAAUGCAAAAUCUCGCACCAUUGCACGAAUAAGAAUAUUCGCUAUUUGCGUUGUACAACGCCUCAGAAUUUAGCGAAAAAUAUGAAAAAAAACAAAGUUUUUCCCUGCAGUAAUCUAUGAAAAGGGAGCAAAAAAUUGAAAGCGAAAAGCAAAAUCCCACAAGCGCACAUGGGCAGCAUUGCGCAUUUAGCCAGCAUACGCGUAUUGCACCUUCAUUUUACUGAGCGCAAUGAAUUAAACUAUUGUGACGUUGACAUUCUGCAUCUCAUUUGCUCGCGUACAACAAGCUAAGUAGGCGUUGUACAAUAGAUAAUGUGACAUCUGCUAUACAAGAACAAAAUAUUAUCAUUCCUUGGAAAAUUAAGAAUUGGAUUAUUGAUGUUAGGGUUUUGUUGCUUACUGUCACUGCUUCAGUGUAAUUUAAGCUAAUUUUGAUGACUGAGACGGUUCGAUGACAUUUGCUCCUGCGACAAUCGCUCCCCUAGAAAUUCCACAGACUUAUCGAAUAACCAACUUCAACCCUGGGUUUUACAUUAUACCCUACCCUAAACCUAACAUAAAACCCUAUUACAACCCUAAUUCUACAUCUUAGACGAAAUAAAGCCUGGAGCAAUUGUCGCAGGAGCAAAUGUGUCACUCUCCGAGACAUAUAGAAACCCACAUAUUUUUAUAUUAUGGGAGAGGUAAUAUAAUGUAUCCAAUAGAUCUGUCCAUUAAGUUUCAGUGUCAUUAUAUUAUGAUAUAUGGUCAUAUUGUGGAGUCUUAAAGUCAUAUGGGAUCGGCUUUCAUGGGGAGUGGAUUAUAGUUUGCUGAUCCCAGACUUUGUUAAAAGCAUUGACAAUAACUGCAAUAGAAACUUAUUUGGAGAAAGCAAAAUUUAUCUACCACCGAGAAAUUCUUCAGCCAUACUAGGCUUUGCCUAAGGGCAACUUUCCGGCCUGGGAAAGUGAGAUUAUGAAAUUACAAGGCAAUUCCCAGUGGCACUACUGUCCGCAGGUCAUAAAUCUCUGCCAUACUCUGUGUGAUUGGCAUCCAAAUAGUUUGAAAUUCCCCAUGAUAAUUGAUGGCUCAUGUGGUUUUAAGCUAUAAGAGACUCCUACUUAACAUCAUUACUCAUUUCUGACCUAGGUUAUAUCUGAUUACAUGAUUUUUAUCUCACAUUCUUGCCACAGUUGACAUUUCUAUCACAAAUAAUAUCAUUGACAAUAUAUUGUUGUCAAUAUGAAUCGCUGGCCAUCUACAGUGACACUCAGGCAGAAAAUAUAUUUUCAAUUAUAUUCCACAUACUAAGAAUCUUGCUAUAAGGUUGGUCAAAUGUCAAUUGUGUGUUAAAGGUUAGUUCCCCAUCAAUUACUUGUGGUCAUGGAACAUGUGUUCGCUGAUCUCGUCAGCCCAUACAGUCUUAGGUUAUUAUUAAUGAUUUUGAGAAUGAAAGUCCAUUGUCACUUAUAAUUAUUAUUAUUUCUUUUUUGGUCCGUUCUUUCUUCAUUACAUGCACAUGCAGUGAGGUUUGCGCAAGAUAUAAAUCCAUGGAAACAGUUUACAUACGUAUUAGAAGUGAAACUUUAUGCAAAAUGAAAUUGCAUUGCCUGUCAAGUUUGUUUCGGAAAGAUAGCUACAUCCACCUUGCCCUGAAAGUGAUAGUUUAUUACCUCUACCAGAGGUGAUAAUUUGCUUAACACUUUAAUUUACUUGUGUUUAUGUCAUGUCAAGUCAGAGAACUUUGUGUUUGGUCAUUGUCAUACAGUCAUUCAAUGUGGAUAUUCUGUAAAUUUCAUUAAAUGUGAUAUAUAUUUUCUUCAUCUCAAACAUUGUAGAUAAGUUUAUCCUUUUUAUAUUUCUUUAUAGAUUUUGAACAAAAUAAUGGACCAAAAUUAUAAAAAUUUAUUAACAUGUUUAUUUUAUCUAUCAUAUGCUAAUUGUUAGGUAUGCCUCUUAUAAAGUAAUACUUUAAGAGAUUUAGAACUACUUCUAAUAGGCAGUUUAUUUUGGUGGCCUUGCCCCCUUUUAAAAGUAUGGCACCACCCAAGUUUAAAGAUGCAUGUACAGUGGUACUCAAAAAGUUUGUGAACUCCAUCCAUGAAUGAAUUUUAAGUGUUAAAGAUCUGCCAUGUUUUAGAUAUUUAAUUGUGAAGUCAGGUUUCUCUGGGUGCGUCAAACAUUGUAGUGCUGUUGUCUACAUUCAACACUCAGCAUGAACAGUGCAUUUUGUGAAGGGGUUCACUAACUUUUGAGCACAAAUAUAUAUGGCAUGCCAGCCAAUAUUUUGAAGUUAAUAGUAUUGUGCAAUACAUUCAUGCCCAUCAGCAAUUACUGCUGUGUUUAUCAACUAUGUGAUGACUAUGGAUUCUGUGAAAAGUUAACGGUCCAUGUAUAAUAAAAUUGACAAAAAGGUAAUUGAAUUC